AUGAAAUUAUAUGUGGGAAGAGAACCUAGAGAAAUUGUGGUUUCUUCGAAUGGCUACAAUAUCUGCUUUCAAAGGUUCCAAAAAGCCUUUUCAGCAGCAUCUCAACAAACUUCACAAACUCCAAUAAUCACAAUAAAGCAAAUAUCAGAUAAAGAUCUUAUACCUGAGAAAUAUACGGAAGUCAAAAGCAGAAUAUUUAAUGGUCUUCUUGGCCUUCUAUCUGUAGACGGUGAGAUAUACAUUGGUGUGAUUUCAGGGAUUCAGAAGGUAGGAUUCCCGAGAUGGAAGUAUGAAAAUAAUAGAAUUAUACCUAUGGAAAGUAUAUUUAAAGUUUUAGAUGUUGAUUUUUAUAGUUUGGAUACUGCAGCCUAUGAUCAUUUAAUUUAUGAAGUCUCGGAGCAAAAUACAGAAAAACUUAUCCAUGAGCACCCUUGUGGUUCGAUUAAAAAACUGUUUAGUGAUGGUACAUUUUAUUACUCUAGAGACUAUGAUAUCUCAAAUGAGGUAAAAAAUCACAGCCUAUUUCAUAAUUUGGAUUAUAUUAUCGAAAAUCAAGAUUUGAAUUUUAUUUGGAAUAAGACUUUAGUUAGUGAAAUUGUAACCUGGAGAAGUAGAAUUCCGAUUGAACAGAAACAAAUAUUCGAUGGAAGUGAAUUCUUAACAUUUCUAAUACGUGGAUUUUGUAAAACCACGAUGGUGGAGGACUCUGAUUUCUAUUCCUCGAUAACUGUGAUAUCUAGAAUUUCUACAGAAAAUAAACAGGAUACUUUUGAGAUUGAAGGUAUUAAAGAGGAUGGAAAAGUAUCAAAUUUUGUUGAAACUGAAGUGAUUGUAACCACGGAUAGUUAUAUAUAUUCAUAUACUCAGAUAAGCGCCAAUGUGCCUUUAUUUUGGGAAGUGAUUGAUAGUCAAAUUUUAUAUGGGAAAAAAAUGAGACUUACGAAAGAGAUUGAAAAUAUGCAAGUUGCUUUUGACAGACAUUUUGAUAAUUUAGCUUCAAAAUAUGGAGUAGUUAGUAUUGUCAACCUUGUUAAACCUAGAAGCGAAUCUCAAGAAAUAAUAUCGAAUGCAUACAAGCAUUGUGCGGAUAUAAAGGGUAUUAAAAUCACUAAUGUUCAAUUAAGUUCGGAUAACCUUGCUAAUUCCCCUCACAAAUUUUUGUAUUUAUUGGAACAAGAUAUUUAUGAAUUUGGUGCAUUUAUAUAUGAUAGAACUCGAGGAAUAUAUAUUGGGAAGCAGACUGGUGCUUUGCGAAUAAGUUCAUUUGAUUCAGUAAAGAGAACUACUUUAGUUGAGAAGCUAGUGAGUAAAGAAGUAUUAGAAUUGGCUACAAAAGAGGUCCCAGAGUUUAGACUUGUUAAUACAUUUAUCGAUACUCAUGAUAAAUUAUGGACAGAAAAUUAUUAUUGGUUGGAUAGGAUGUACACGAAGAAUACAAAAAAUUUAGGAAAAUUCAGGAAGGUAUAUUAUAAAUUAUUUAGUUCAAGGGUGAAAUUAUAUGACCCAUUGAACUCUUAUAUUUCGAGAUAUUUGAGACAAAUGAAAGGAACUUUUUCGUGUGAGAAAGAGAUUACAAUAUUUUCAGGAACUUUCAACACAAGUGGUAAGAUAUCUUCAGACGGCAUUGAUUCUUGGAUAUUCCCUAAAAAUUCAGGAAUUAAUGGAACAGCUGAUAUUUAUAUCAUUGGUUUGGAGGAGGUAGUAGAACUAACACCUGGUCAUAUGUUAUCAACUGAUCCCUAUGUAAAGCAAUACUGGGAGAAAAAAGUGUUGCAUCUGAUCAAUAGUAAAUCGAAAGAAAAAAAAUAUGUUUGUGUGUGGAGUAGUCAACUUGGUGGUGUUCUGCUGCUUUUGUUUAUAAGUGAAUCUGAAUACAUGAAGGUUAAACAUAUUGAGGGUGAUGUUAAGAAAACUGGUUUCGGUGGUAUGGCAUCUAAUAAAGGUGCAGCUUCGGUUAGUUUUAAAUAUUCAGAAACUAGGUUUUGUGUAAUUGUAUCUCAUUUAGCUGCAGGGCUUGAUAAUGUGGAGCAAAGGCAUAGUGAUUAUAAGACGAUUGUUGAAAACAUAAGAUUUUCUAAAGGCUUAAGAAUAAAAGAUCACGAUGCGAUUAUAUGGAUGGGUGACUUUAACUACAGGAUAUUAAUGUCAAAUGAAGAGGUAAGAAAACUAAUUACUGCUAAGGAAUUUGCAAAGUUGUUCGAAAGGGACCAACUAAACCAGCAAAUGAUUGCUGGUGCUUCUUUCCCUUAUUAUCACGAGAUGGAAAUAAAAUUUCCUCCAACCUAUAAAUUUAAUCCAGGAACGAAAGUUUAUGAUACAAGUGAGAAAAUGAGAAUUCCUGCUUGGACAGAUCGUAUAUUAAGUAGGGGAGAAGUACUAAAUCAGCUGAGUUAUGGUUGUGCGGAGGACAUUAUUUACUCUGAUCAUAGACCAGUGUAUGCAACUUUUAAUGCUAAGGUUACAGUUGUUGAUGAACAAAAGAAAUCAAUUAUAUCUAAGGAAGUUUAUGACACAAUUACUAAAAAAUUAGUUAGUUUGAAUGAAGAGGAGAAAUUAACAUUGCUAAGUGAAGGAUCAUUAGUUCUUGAUGAUAUUGAUAGUCAGUUACUCCAGCCAAAACAUACUGUGACAUCUAAUUCGCUUCUUGAUGCAAAAAGAGGGAUGAAGUUACCACCCCCAAGUUCUGAUUUGAAGAAAUGGUGGAUUGGAAAUGGUAAGCAAGCAAAAGUUAUUUUGGACGUUGAUGCAAAUACAGUGAUUUUAAACCCUAAUAGGAGUUCUAAUCCAUUUGUUAAAGAUGACAGUAACUCUCUAUUUAUACCUAGAUGA